UGAUGCUAGAUGUGAAGUCCCGGUGGGUAGAUCGAAGAUCGGUACCCUGUACUGCUGCCUUCUCUGACCCGUUUUCCGGUUAUGAGUAAAGUUUCUUUCCGUGCCCGAGCUCUUGAUGCCACUAAAGCACUCCCUAUCUAUCGGAGUGAUGAGAUACCGGACCUUUACGACUACAAUGUCAUCAACAGGGCGGUCCCCCAGAUGCCUACGGGAAUGGAGAAGGAGGAAGAAUCGGAGAAGCAUUUGCAGCAAGCUAUCUCAGUAGAUGCUCUUCAGAAGAACAAGCCUAUAAUCCCGACCCCAGAAAGCCAAGAAGAUGUGCCACACUACGAGAAAGUCUAUUCCAGCACAUGCCGACUUCCACGCAAUCUCAUUAAACUUUCCGCGUUCGACGCACUUGGUCUUGAUGCUGAGUAUGCUGAUUACGAUAUGGACUCCGACGACGAGGAAUUCCUUAAAACUUGUGAAGAGGAAGUAACGCCGAUGGAUUUCGAGAGGAUGAUAGAGUCGAUGGAGAAGAGCAGCGAGAAUAAUGUUAUCAGUCUACUGGACGCGAAACAGCUUUUCAGUGAUGUAAACCACAACACUUUAGCACAAAUCUACGACUACUGGCUCAACAAACGACUCUCCCUGCGUAUCCCACUGUUGCCUGAAAUCAAAACUGGUUCUAAAGAAUUGCUUCCGACAGAUCCUUAUGCUGCCUUCAGAAAGAGACAAGAGAAAAUGCUCACAAGAAAGAAUCGCAAGAAUGACGAAGCAUCUUACUCUAAAAUGUUCAAACUGAAGCAAGAAAUUACCCGAGCUGUACAUCUCCUUGAGCUGGUUAAGAAUCGCGAGAAGACAAAACGAGAUCUUCUCAAGAUAACAGUCGAUAUUUUCAAGAAACGGUGCGACGUUGGUGACUUCGACGGCACACACUCUCGAGAGUUUAGCGACAAUGCUGUGGUGGCCAACCUGCGUUACGGCGUAGAGGAGAAACGCCGUCACAUCGAAGACGAGGCUGCUCAACUCUACGAAAAGCUGAACCAAUACAGUGCUGAAGAAGAGUCCCAAUGCGCAUACCCCUUCAAGCGGAAGAAGCAUGUGUACUUCAACAAACCGCGCCCCCCGCCGGAUGAGCCCUGGCAGUACACUGAAAAUGUGGAGCGGUACAGAUACACUUGUAGGAAGCUCUCCUCUUGUCUGGGUCUUAGUCGACGUCGUGUGGGUAGAGGCGGCAGAGUGUGGGUGGAUCGAAGACAUGAAAGGGAUCACCACAUCAACUGUUUGCAUCCGCCUAAACGAAGACAUUCCUCCGAAACUGAGUCCAAACAAGAAGUAAACGACUUGUUUGACGAUCUUUUAAGAAACUUUUCCCCCUCCUACAGUCAGACUAACCGAACUAACACCAUAAUCAAACAGACAGCGGCCUCGCCUAUCGUAAAGAUUCCAGAUAGGUGACUGCCUGAAUAUUAGAAACUGUUUUUAUCUAGUUUUAGCCUUUAACUUUUUUUCAUUGAUUGUUCAUAUAUACCCAUGUAUACCCUCAUUUGCGAGUUUCCCUUGUGACGCUGAUUUGUGUUAUAUAUUGUAAUUGCGAUUGUUAUAAAAGUUUGGUAUGCUCUUGUUUAACCUGUGCAAUAUUACUGAAACGUGAGAUGAUAAGCAAAUGGAAGUUCAGAUCAUUAUUAAUUGAAAA